AUGGCAGGAAAUGAUCUGCCUGUGGAAGAUACAAUCACAUAUGUAAAUACAAGCGGCAGGAGCUCCAUAAUCGAAUGCACUCAGUUGCCUGGCCGCAUCGAUUCAUUCGGCUCGUGGAACUACAUUGGUUCUGGGAGUUUGCCGUUUACGUUGCCACUGCUUCAGCUGCAAAUGGUUAUCAUUUUCACCCUCAACCAAGCCGCCCACUACGUUCUUAAGCGUCAUGGACUACCCAAGUUCACCACACAACUUCUUGUUGGCAUAAUCCUCAGUCCGUCUCUUUUGGGACGGUUCGGUAUAAUCAAAAAAGUUCUCUUCUCGUUGGCAAGUCAAGAAAUAAUAGAUAUGUUUUCUCUCUUCAGUUUCAUACUCUUCUUCUUUAUGAGUACUGUGAAAAUGGAUCUGGGAAUGAUAAAAAGAACAGUAACUCCAUUUCCCGUUGUCGUUUGCCUUCUUGAAGACCUCCAAAUCCUGAAUUCCGAGCUGGGCAGAUUAAGCCUUUCUGCAGCAAUGAUAACCGAUUUGUUAAGCGUGAUUAUGACUAUCGUGACCUCCUUCUUUAGAAUUAGCAAGGAAUUUGGUAAUACGAUUAGCGCUAUAUAUGUCGGAGCUUUCAUUAUUUAUAUUAUCUUCAAUAUAUUUGUAAUUCGACCAGCAAUGUUUUGGAUAAUCAGACAGACACCGGAAGGCAGGCCUGUCAAAGGCAUGUACAUUGAUGCCAUCAUUGUAGUUUUCCUUGGCUCCGCCGUGUUUUCUCAUUUUGUUCAACAGACUCUAAUCUUUGGGCCUGUCAUUCUGGGAUUGGCAAUACCAGAUGGACCACCUUUAGGAUCAGCUAUUGUCAACAAGUUAAACUGCUUCACUUCAGAUGUGUUUCUGCCACUCUACGUGACUACUUGUGCGAUGAGGGCAGAUUUCAGCCUAAUCAAAUUUGAUAAUAAUCUCUUAAAAAUCACCGCAACCAUCAUUUUUUUGACUUUUGCGGUAAAAAUGGUGGCUUGUUUGGUACCUACCUUGUACUCCAAAAUGCACUUAAAAGAUGCACUUGCACUCGCUCUAUUAUUGAGUUCCAAAGGUGUAGUCCAACUUUCUAUCAACACGUUCAAUAGAGAUAUCGAGCUCCUAACAGACCAGAUGUUCGCAUUGAUAUGUUUACACAUCUUAUUGAUUGCAAUUUUUGUGCCACUCUCGGUGAAGUUCCUGUACGAUCCUUCAAGGCAAUACGCUGGUUACCAGAAAAGAAAUAUAAUGCAUUCCACACGCAAUGCAGAGCUUCGAAUCCUAGCAUGCAUUCACAAGCCAGAUAAUAUUGGUGCUAUAACCAAACUACUUGAACUCUCGUGCCCAUCUAGAGAAAGACCCCUUGCUAUUUAUGUUCUUCACCUUAUCGAAUUAAUUGGUCGGGCCACUCCUAUUUUUAUCUCCCACCAAAUGCAGAAAAAGACUGUAUCUAAUAGUUCAUAUUCUGAGAAUAUCAUUCUUGCCUUCGAUCACUUUGAACAAGACAAUCUAGGUGCUGUAUCAGUAAGCGUCUUCACAUUAAUCUCUCAACUCAAGUCCAUGCACGACAACAUUUGCAUCCUUGGAUUGGACAAACUCACAUCCAUCAUAGUAUUGCCGUUCCACCGAAAAUGGUCAAUUGAUGGUUCUGUUGUUGAAUCAGAGGACAGUACCAUGAGGACCUUAAAUUGUAACGUGCUUGAACUAGCCCCCUGCUCUGUUGGCAUCCUGAUUGAUCGUGGUCAUCUUGGCCAGUCAAUGGUUUCAUCAAAUUCAUCAUAUUCUAUUGCAGUGAUCUUCUUUGGAGGUAAUGAUGAUCGAGAGGCACUUACUUUUGCCAAACGCAUGGCUAAUAACUCUAAAAUUACUCUCACUGUGGUUCACUUUGUUUCCGCCCGCAAUGAAGGUGAUGCCUACUGGGACGAAUAUUUUUUUGACUCUGAGAUACUCAAGGAUGUUAAGCUUAACAAUACGGGUAAUGAAUCUAUGAUAUACAUUGAGGAGGUGGUGAAAGAUGGGCCUGAGACUGCAUUGAUAAUUCGGUGUAUGGUGAAGGAAUACAACCUUAUUAUUGUUGGUAGACGAAAUGAUGUAGAGACUCCGCAGACGUCAGGGCUGGCAGAAUGGAGUGAAUUUUCAGAGUUGGGGGUUAUUGGAGACUUGCUUGCCUCAUCAGAUGUUAAUAGUAGAACAUCUGUUUUUGUGGUGCAACAACAACAAAAUAUAUGA